UAUCAGAAGUAUAACAUUUUCAAUUUAGACAGCUGAAAACUUUUGUCAAAUUACAUAGUCAAAAUAACUGAAAUAUUUUACGAAAAAAUUACUGUGAAAAAGUGUAAAAUGAAAGUUUGUUUGUUCAUUCUUGUGGUAAUCACAAUGGUUGUGGUUGAUUUUGCAACUGCACAACGGGACAAAUAUGCUUAUUGGAAUACAAAUGAAUGUUGUAAUGUUAAAAACAAGAACGUUAUAACCGAUUUCCUUGAAGGUGUUGUGAAAGCAGAAGACGAAUGUUUCAAACGAUUUGAUUCGCAAGAAACAGGAGUGCCAUUCAAAUUCUAUUGCUUUACCGAAUGCAUUGCAAACAGCACAGGAGUUCUCAAUUCCGAAGGAAAUAUAGACGAAGCCAAUUAUAAAGAUUUCAUAGCAAAAUGGGCAGAUCCAUUUGACCAUCAGAAAGCAGUGAUUGACACAACUGCAACUAAAUGUAUGAAACAAGCAUAUAAAUACAUGAAGAUGGCAGAAAAGGACUCAAAAGAAGCGAGUAAAGAUAGUUGUAGCAUUUUGGGAUUGACAGCCAUUGAUUGUGCAUGGGGAGAACUAUUCAAAUCUUGUCCAGCAGAUAUACAAGAAAACAUUACCGUCUGCAAAAAAAUCCGCGAAGAUAUUAAAACCAAGAAGUGGUAAUAGACUUGAUAGAAAUAGACUUUGAUAGAAAUGAUUUGACUUCAAAAAUCGGUGCAAAGUAUUGCCAUUCCAACAAAUUUAAUAAUAAAAUACUUUUAAUUUUUUCUGCUUUUUCCGUUGUUUUGCUCU